AAGUGCCAUCUGUCUAUGAAGGUAUGAGUUUUGAAUUCUACAAAAUGGACGAUAGUGAAAACUAUCAUUCUCCAAAAGACACAGAGGAUGAUAUUAAUGUGAAUACAGAAGACUGUCGCUCAGAGCUGAAAAACUCAGAUCACAAUAAAGUGGUUUCAUAUGAGAUAUUAAGUGAGCAAUAUUCUAAUAUUACUGAAACAUUGAUGAUGCAGGAACAUGAAGCCAAGGAGACAGAAAAACUGUAUGAAGCACUGAAGGUGAAGCAUCUGCAAGUUCAGGAAGAUCUCGCUGCAUGCAGUGAUGAUGACUUGCACUAUGUCAGCAUUCCAGUUCCAGGGCUUCAUGAAUGUCUGCUCUCCAUCUCUGAUUUGAUGCUUGCAAAAGCCAUUGAUACAUGCAGGGCUAAAGAAGUAAAAGCAAAGGUUAACACAACCACACAUAGAGACCAAGUUCAGCUAAACAAACCUGAGGUACAUGUGUGUGUGUGUGUGUGUGUGUGUGUGUGUGUGUGUGCGUGUGUGUGUAUGUGUGUGUGUGUGAGAGAGAGAGAGAGAAAGAGAGAGAGAGAGAGAGAGAUAUUGAAGGAUGCCUUUCAGUCUACAUAUAAAUAUUGCAUUCUUUUCCCCAUCAUUCUUGGUCAUUUAGUUGUUAAAAAGUCAUUGCAGCGAAUGUAGCACAACAAAUGUACAGUGACUUAGUGUUCUGUACACAUAUUCAUAUUUCAUAUUUAAUAUUUUCAUCAUUCAUAUUUUCACAGAAAGUAUAAGUUAACUAAAAUGUACAUGGUCUGUAAAGUAGUCUUUAUUUAUUUUAACCUCUACAAAGUAUUUCUACAUCAUUUAAAAUUAUUCCCUUGUUGAUGUAUUUUUCUUUGUAAAGUUAUCUCAGAAAAAUACAAUACGGUGUUCUAAGUGAGCAGUAUGCUAAUGUUACUGCAAUGUUUAUGACCCCAGAACACAAAGCCAAGGGUUAUGUGUGGUUUUAAGAGCUUCCUGUUUACUUUAAUAGUUAGCAGUUACUGUAUAUGUGAGAAAAAAACUCAGUUGUUGAGUUUUGUGUUUCUUAUUUUUUAAUAUUCCUCUUAUAUUUUCUGGUUUAUUAUCAUCAACAUCUAUUAACCAUUUUGUAUCAGAAAUUAUUCACAUUUGACAUAGAGAUAGAAAAACUGUAUGAAGAACUGAAGGUGAAGCAUCAGCAGAUUCAAGAAGAAGAAAUGAAUUCAGCUUGCUAGUUUGAACUGAGGCUGAACCCGAGAUGCUUAACCUGAGAUCACUCUAGAGCUGAAUGACAACAAAUGACAACAAAAAAUUAG